ACAGAAUCUGGGGUAAAGAAUUGAAGAACGUGUCCCUCUCCGCCGUGCAGUGGUCGCCGGAUGGAAAAUUGCUUCUGUUCGGUUUGAAAAACGAAUACCUCCCUGUAUCAGACUAUAGUGGCGCUACAGUGGUAUGACGGUAGAAACGGCUACGUCGCCAUGGACUGUCCUACUCUAGCUAUUUGCUAUCGCAACGGUAGGAUAGUACUGAUGCGGGACACCAGCGAUGACAAUCCGAUUAUGUUGGAGACCGGGAUGACUACCUCGUGGUGCAAUUGGAAUAGCUGCGGCUCUCUUCUGGCUAUAACGGGCAUGAUGCCAUUGCUCAGUAACGGCGAAACGAAGGACAUGAACGUCAUACAGUUUUACACGCCGUUCGGCGAGCACAUGAGGACUCUGAAGAUACCAGGACGGGAGGUGACGUGUUGCACCUGGGAGAAAGGCUCCCUCCGUGUCGCCCUGUCCGUCGACUCCCACAUAUACUUCGCGAACAUCCGUCUGGACUACAAGUGGACGUACUUCAGCAACACGGUCGUCUUCACGAACGAGAAGAUCGGCAAGGACGGCACCUGCGUGACAUUCUGGAACACGAGCAGCAACACAUGUUGCACCAAGUACGUGAGAUCCCUGAUAUCGAUGGCCUCGCACGGGGAGCACUGUGUGCUCUCCGUGAGAAACGAUCCCGCUCAGGCCACCGAGCAGUUCGCCCUGCUCGUCUGCAACACCAUCGCCACGCCGAUAGACUCCAAGUUCCUGGAUCUGGAGCCGUUGUACCUCACCAUGACCUCCAACAUGGUCGUGGCCGCGUCGAAGAACAACUUCCUGGUGUGGAACUUCCGCUCGCCCCGUAACUCGACGCUGCAUCCGAGCAGGAUGCGCAAGUAUAAGAUCUACCACGUGGACGAGACGCCGACCGGCGUGACCGAGGUCAUCCAGGAUUUGGACAAGGACGGCUCGUACGAGACUCCCAUCAACACGAAGGUCACCAUGGAUCCGAUCUGCUGCGUCUACGCCACCGAGAAGAUCCUUCUGGUUGGCCGAGACUCGGGGAUGAUUCAGCGAUAUUCCCUGCCACAGAUAACGCUCGUGAAUCGAUACAAUACCGCGUGCAGACUGCACAGACUCGCCAUUAAUUGCGACUCCACGCGCGUCUCUAUCCUGGACGCCAACGGUAUACUCACUAUGCUGGACCUGGAUUCGCAAAAGCCCGACUCGCGAGACGGAGACACGAGCGAGGAUAUAUCGAAAUUCGAGAGGAAGGACGUAUGGGCUAUGUGCUGGGCGCGGGAUAAUCCCUCGCUUCUUGCGAUUAUGGAGAAAACCAGGAUGUAUGUUCUGAGAGGGCUGGACCCUGAGGAGCCGAUAGCCUGCUCCGGAUACAUUUGUUCGUUCCAAGAUCUGGAGAUACGCUGCGUUCUACUGGACGAUCUCAUGCUGAAGGCCGACGACACGCGAAAGGACUUGAUCGUCGACUUGGAAGUGAAAUCUCUGCGAGACACGAGGGAGUUGCUGGCGAAAGUUGGUCUGCGGGAGGCCAACAAUUUUAUCCAGGACAAUCCGCACCCGCGUCUCUGGCGUCUACUGGCCGAGUCGGCGUUGACGAAGCUGGACUUGGAAACGGCGGAGAACGCCAUGGUGCGCUGCACGGAUUACCUGGGCAUACAGUUUAUCAAACGUCUGCAGAACGUGCACAACGAUCAGCUGAAGAAGGCCGAGGUCGCGGCGUUUCUCGGCAACUACGACGAGGCCGAGAAACUUUAUCUGGACAUGGACAGGCGGGAUCUGGCGGUCGCGCUGCGCCAGAAGCUGGGCGAUUAUUUUCGAGUUGUGCAAUUGAUGAAGAUGGGCAUCGGCGGUUCGGACAAACAAAUGGAGCACGCGUACAACAAGAUCGGCGAUCACUUCGCCGAGAGGCAGAACUGGGAAAGCGCAAAGGAGUACUACGAGAAAGGCAGAAAUUUGGAGAGACUCAUCCAGUGCUAUUACAAGCUGGAAGAUUUCGUUCAGCUGGCGGCAACCGUGGAUCAGCUACCGGACAAGAGUCCCAUCUUGAAGACUGUGGCGAGGAUGCUGGCUUCGGUGGGAAUGUGCCCGCAGGCGGUGGCAGCUUAUAUCAAAUACGGCGACGUGAAGCUGGCCGUAGAUACGUGCGUGCGUCUGAAUCACUGGGACCAGGCCGUCGAACUGGCGAAGACGUACAAGAUGGCACAGAUCGGCGAGCUGCUGAACAAAUACGCCAAUCAUCUGUUGUCGAACGGCAAGCGUCUGCAGGCGAUCGAACUGUAUAAGAAGGCUAACUACAAUUUGGAAGCGGCUAAAUUAUUGCUGCAUCUCGCCGAGGAGCAAGCCAGAUCCAAGUCGCAUCCCCUGCGUGUGAAGAAGAUAUACGUCCUCGCGGCCUUACUGAUCGAGGACCACAUCAACAGCGUGCCGGCAAUAAAAGGGGGACGCAGCAACGUUGUCAUGGGUCUUACCGAGAGCAACGAGGACACCAAGAUCAUAGAAAACGCCUGGCGGGGCGCUGAGGCGUAUCACUUCCUUCUGCUCGCACAUAGACAGUUAUACGACGGCAAUUUCGACGCCGCGAUGAAGACCGCUCUGCGAUUGAAAGACUACGAAGAUAUACUGGAGGUAGAGGACAUCCACUGUCUACUGGCGCUAUCCAGCGCCGUUAAUCACGCGUUCGCCACGUGCUCGAAGGCCUUCAUAAAAUUGGAAGGACUCGAGACGAUCACGGAGACGAAGAAGGAGGAAUAUGAGGAGCUUGCGGUGGAUAUCUUCACGAAAUACACGCCGAAGGACUCCCGCAACAACAAGGCGGAAUGCGUCAACUGCGAGACCCUGGUGCCCGACUGGUGCAUCUCGUGCCCGAAUUGCUCGACCAGAUUCCCGGCUUGCGUCGUCUCGGGCAAGCCUCUGAUGGACCUCAGCAUCGCGUGGAUCUGCACCGUUUGCCGGCAUCACGUUGCAACGGAACGCGACGUUGUUAACAUAAACGCCUGCCCGUUGUGUCACAGCACUAUCACGUAUAUGUAGGUCGAAUCAUUUAUAGCAAUCCGUUGAAUUUUUAACGGGCCAAAAUUUUACGAUAAAUAGCAAGCUUUUAUAUUUUGAUAAUUGUGCAAAGGAAAAUAUUUCAGUUUUAUUUCACGAUUUCGAAAAAUGUGAAAUCAACAUUAAAACUGUUGAUUUCACUUGUCAAUUACACUUGUUGGUUUCCAUUAACAAUAUAUGAGUGAAUUAAUUAUGGGAGAUAAUUUGAAAUGAAUUAAACAAUGGACAAAGAUCCGUUAUUCUCGUGCCUUAACAUCGAAUAAUUAAUACUGAAUCUCUAACAAGAAUUAUCGAGCCCAAGGCAAAUAAGCGUGCGAUCGAGUUUUUCCUUUGUGCACAUUGAUAUAUUUUUUACAAACUUGUGAGUAAAUAGGAUUGUCCAUUCACUUUUAAUGAUGAGUACUCGUUUUAUUUUCAUUUUAUAUUUCUGUUUGAUGAUAUAUCAGUAUUAAAUGGCAAUAGAAUUUUAUUGAAAUGAAACAACAUACAAACUGAUAGAAAGCUCAAUAUACCAUUAAAGCAAAUAUUUCUCGGCCGAAUGGCAAAGUGCAAUUUAACGAGAAUCCGAUUUCAACUGUUUGCCAUCGCAAAUGCAUUACCGACAUUGUGGCUAAGCGCACCUGCUAUUCCAUCCAAAACGUAAUGAGUCUUUAACGAGUGGGAUUUCUCGUUAAUUUUGUCGUGUCUUCAAAGUUUAUGCAAAUGCGGUUACUAUUUGCCGUAGUUUUGAUAUACUUGCAAUUAUGCAAUUAACGGUUUUUAUUUUAGGCCUGAUAAUAGAUCUCUCGCUAUCACGUAUGAAAAUAUCUAUUUUUGUUAACGUACAACAAUAUUUUGAACUUGUUAAUUAUAAAUUUAUAUGAAAAUAAUUAUGAAUUAUAUAUUUAUGUGAAGAUAAAGAAAAGAGAUACAAUUAUGACGCAGAUAUUAGAUAUCGAAGUAGAAAUUUGAUGAUCUCUGAUUUCUUGCAAAAUAUAUUUAGCAAAUAUA